AUGAAUGGUUUUGUUCGGCAGUGGGGAGAAUCUGCGCCUUCUCGUUCCACGCCGAAGGGCCCUCCACGCAUCUUCGAUCCUAUUCCGUUUGUCUUCAACACCCUCCAAUUCGUGUUCAAUAAUGACAAGUUUAUGAAUCGAGCCACCCAGGCUCUCGAGAAUUCUCCCGUCGUCAAGUUCUGGUUUGCAGGCAAGCCUGUCUAUCUCGUCGCAGGACUGAAGAAUUAUCAAAGCAUCUUCGCCUCCCGUGACUUGACAUACAAUGGCAUAAUGCUGCAAAUUGGCUUUCCCAGGCUCUGGAGAAUGAGCGACAGUGAGGUAAAACGCUUUGCAGAUGAUCGAUCAGGAAUCAGAGAAACGCCACUUCCAGGCACCGAGCAUAUUGCACCUGAGCAGCGUUACUGGGCUCCGAAGUACCAUGUGCUGUACGAGUUCUUGAGUCGGCCACAUCAACUCAAGCCCAUUGUCGACCAAUUCACGAAUCAGUUCUCGCAGGUGGUGGAAAAAUACCCCGUUGGGGAGUGGACGAACUUGAGUAUUGAUAAAUUGACUCGGGGAGAUUUUACGCGGUGCGCCAUUACCACGCUCUUUGGGCCAACUAUCUUCGAGUUGAACCCAGACUUUCUUGAUGCCUUCUGGGAUUUCGACUCUUACGCCGGUGUCUUGGUUUAUGGGUUGCCGGAAUGGAUGUAUCCAGCGCCAUUCAGGGCUUCGGAUCGCUUCCUCGACAGGAUCGAGAAGUAUGUGGAGGCUGGCCUGAAGAACUUCAAUUGGGAUGGCUCCGAAGUCGAUGUACAAUGGGAACCGCGUUUUGGGAGUCGUGUCACCCGUGAGCUCGCCAAGUGGCUCACGGAUGCUGGAUUCCGACGCAAAACUGUUGCUGGAGGACUGGGAACGCUCCUUUUUGGGCAGAACUCCAACACAAUUCCUGUCGUCAGUUGGAUGCUGAUGGAACUCAACAAGGACCCUGCGCUGUUGAAAGCGGUGCGUGAAGAGGUCGCUGGUGCUUUCGUGACGGACUCUAGCACCGGUGAACGCACACUCGAUGUCCAGAAGGCAACUUCGCUCCCACUAUUGCAAUCCCUUUGGACCGAGAUCUUGCGUUUCCGUGUAUCCAUGGUCAUCAUGCGAACCGUUGAAGAACCCAUCUCCAUUGGCGGGGUCAACAUCGCCAAAGGAUCACUAAUACAUGCGUAUUCGCGAAUAUCACAAACUGACGAGGAGACCUGGGGAACAUCACAGCACCCGGCUGAUCAAUUUUGGGCGGAGAGACACAUCAACUUCGUUGAGGAGAAGGACUGGACGGGUCAACUCUGCAAGAGGCGUGAGUUCGCACUGGCUGCUAGCCCCGCCGGCUUCUUUCCAUUUGGCGGUGGAGUUCCUAUUUGCCCAGGGCGUCACUUCGCCAAGAGUGAGGUAUUCGCCAUGCUGGCAAUCCUGGUUGACCGAUUCGAGAUGGAGUUUGUUAGUUGGACAAACUUUGACGGCUCGCCUUCUGAUAGACCGGCCGAGAGUAACAAGCGUUUCUCCGGAAUUGGGUCGCUUCCUCCUGAUCGCGACAUGAUAGUACGUUGGAAGCGCAUUUGGUAG